AAAGUCGCAACAGAAAUGUGCUUAGCACACAACUUAAUCAUCCGAAACCUCAACGCCAUUUACCUGCAGGCACCAAACAUCAGCUCUCCAACUGAUAUCUCAGACUUCAUCCUCUUUUGCCAAGUAUGGCAUCAAUCAAUGAAACAUCAUCAUGCUUACGAAGAGGAUUUCCUCUUCCCGUGGAUCGAGGCUUACAGUGGAGAGAAGGGUAUCAUGGAGAGGAACAUCAAGCAGCAUGAAGCUUUCCAUGGCGGUUUGGACGAGUUCGAGAAGUACAUCUCGAAUGUGAAAGUCGAAGACUGGGAUGCUGGCAAGUUGCUGAAGAUCGUCGAUGGGUUUGGAGAGGCAUUGUCAUUGCAUUUGGGCGAAGAGAUUCAGAGUUUAUUGGCGUUGGAGGAGUACGGAGGAGAGAAGUUGGAAAAGGCUUGGGCGGACCUGGAAAAGAAGAUUCAGGCUGAGAUGACGGAUAAGACAAAGGUUAUACCUAUGGGAUUUGGAGGCAUUGAUCGAACGUUUGAGGGAGGGAAACAUAAGCAUUGGCCGCCAUUUCCUUGGUUUGUACCAUAUCUGGUAAAGUUCUUUUUCAUGGGCAAGCAUAAGGGAAGUUGGAGAUUCAGUCCAUGUACGAUAUUUGGUGAACCGAAGGAACUGCCAUUUGUUAAGGUCGAGCAAUGA